UUAAUGGAUAUUUGGAUUGUUUUCAGUUUGGAGCUCUUACAAAUACAGCUACUAUGAAUGUUCACAUACAAAUCUUUAGAUGGAUAUAUAUCUUCAUUUCUCUUGGGAAAAUAUCUAGACAUGGAAUUACAAGAUUACAUGGUAAGUAUAUGUUUGACUUCUAAGAAACUGUCCAACUGUUUUCCAAAGUGGCCAUACUAGUUGCAGUCCCACUGGCAAGCAAUUUAUGAGAGUUCUAGUUGCUUCACUUACCCCUCAACAUUUAGUAUUGUUAGUCUUUUUAAUUUUCUCCUUCUAGUGACUAUGUUGUGAUAUCGCAUAUGGUUUCUAUUUGCAUUUGUCUAAUGACUAUGACAUUGAGCACUUCUCCUAAGUUUAUUUGGCAUCUGUAAAUUUUUGGGAAAGUGUCUAUUCAAAUUCUUUGCCCUUAUUUUAAUUGAGUUGUUUAUAUUUUAUAAAUUACAGUUAUUUUUUAUAUAUUCUGAAAAUAAGUCCCUUAUCAGACAUAUACUUGGCAAAUAUUUUCACCUGUCUGUGCAAAGCCUGUACUCUUUACCACUACUUAUAUUGCUCCUCAGUAUUUAUCGAAAUGAUUGAGGAAUUUCCAUAGGGCGAUGGCCCCUUCCUACCCCUACCAGCAACUGCAGCUUUUGCAAUUAAUAAGGAAUCCUGUUGACAUUUUUGUUUGAAGACCCAAAGUUCACAUUUUCACUACUAAUUGAAUCUUUUCUGUUUUGGUACAGAACUAAACUGUCUUCUCUUGGAUUUGAAGAACUGAUGAGAUCGUAACUGUGAUUACCUCUGAACUCUCUGUCUUUACAAUCCAUUGAAAAUGAUUAGACACGUCUCUGCUAUAUAAACACAGUCCUGGGCAGAUUGUCUUAAAGCGUCCUGUUUUUCAUUUACCAGUUUUUUCCUUAUGGAAAAAGACAGUUUCCAGCAGUUAGAACUAGAAAAGCAUAGACCUUCCAAAAGGAGGACUCCCAAAAGAGUUAUCCAUUUUGUUGAUGGUGACAUCAUGGAAGAAUAUAGCACAGAGGAAGAGGAAGAAAAAGAGGAACAGAGAACAAAUUCAACACUUGAUCCUUCUAAACUUUCAUGGGGGUCCUACCUAUGGUUUUGGGCAGGGCGAAUAGCAAGGACCUCAUUUUCUACAUGUGAAUUCCUUGGUGGAAGAUUUGCUCUCUUCUUUGGUCUUAAUCAACCCAAAUACCAGUAUGUGUUAAAUGAGUACUAUAGAACACAAAAUAAGGUAUGUGACAUCCCGCUGGGGACACCAAGAGCCCUGAGAUGGGAAUGUUGGUUGUUCCUGAUUUGGGCUCUUACAGAGGAGUAUUUUCCCACCUGGUAUUUCUCUCUGUAUCAGGAAAGUGAAGGGAAUGGAUCAAAGGCCCAACCAGCCAAUGUUCCCAAUGAAAAGUGUCACCUGGAGGCUGGGGCCCGAGAGUAUGGAACGAGACAACAGGACAUUGCCGAGGGCAUUCCUCGGUGGAGUAUCUCAUCCAGCGAGGGCCUGAUGGCAGAUUCCAGCUCCUAAUGGGCAGCGGGGCUAUAGUUCCCCUGGAUCUCUCAUCCUCGGUCAUUGAUUACCAAGGCAACAGCAACACAGGUAGCACUUCUGAGCCAGAUCUGAUCUCAAUCUCUUUGUGAUUUAUUCUCCAGCAGCCAGGAAUUGUAAACAAUCAUAAGAACAAUUGUGGAUUCUUUCUCAAUGUAAAUUUUUAUUUAUAAGCCCAGCAACCCAACUCCACCCCAGUGAUAUAAGUCCUGUCCGUCAGUUGUGGGCUACUAGUAUUGACAUUUGCACAGUAGUAUAAAUGCCUUAAGGAACUUGGGCACAGGAGUUUUAGGCUGAAAACUCUUUGUCACGUGGUGAGGGUACAGAAAAGGACCCUCUGUUCCUCAAAAGAAACUUUGGGCAUUAUGAAGUCUAAAUCCUUUCAGGGUGUCCUUUGCAAUAGCUAUGUUGGCUUACUUGGGGCUUGCUUUGCAAUAAGCAAACAUUGCUAAUAACUCUGUUUCAACAUAGCAGUCUUUGAGAGUUGGGUGCAUUUCUCCCCAGACACGUCAAAAAUAAAUAAAUAAACAAUCUAAGCUCUAGAAAAAGUAUUUGGAAAAAGUGAAUGAUUCUCUCGUUUACUGGUCAACAAAUUUUCAAAAACUCUAAAGAUCAGACAUGGAAAUCAUAGCUGGAUAACACAGGUUGCGCUGGCCAAAGGUAGCUAUGAUAUAGAAAAACACAGGUUUUGCAGUAAAAAGACCUGAGUUCAAGUCUCAGUUCUGCUUUUUACUAGUCGUGUGAUUUUAGGUGUCUAAAUUUCUGAGCCCCAGUCUCUUUCUUUGUAAAAUAGGGGUGGCAUUUAUUUGUUUCUCAAGGGUUACUGUUAAACGAAAUGAACUAAUAAAUGUGAAAAUUCUUUUAAAACUGCGAAUAUUAGUU